ACAGUACCAUCCACGUAAGACUUCAUGGAGAGCCUAUUCUCGCCACGGGUGGAUUUUGAGGAUAUUGUAGAGUAUGCGAUCUACAAUGAUUUCGGUGACCAUAGUGGUAUAGGUUCUGAGGAGUUGCGGAAAGCUGCACAGGAUUUCGCAGCCGUCACCCAAUCCUUCAUUUCCCAAUGGACCAAUGGCUAUAUAUGGCACAAAGAUCCAUUUGAGUUGAGCGUUGUGACAACAAAAGACUUGGUCGCACCUUUUCUGCAGGGGAGGACCCGCCACGGUGAUGGAGUUGAGGAUGAGUGGUUCAUUGUGUCGCUCUUACGUGAGCUGACGAUACAGUUUCCGGAGGCAGUAGUGAGCGUACGGGACAAUGAUGGUGAGAUCUUGCUGAUUGAAGCUGCCGAGCAUAUUCCGCCGUGGUUGGAUCCCAGUACCAGCCAGAACAGAGUAUUUCUUCACAAGGGUCUCGUUCACAUCAUUCCUAUACCGCAAAAUCCAGCCGAGAUUGUUUUGUAUCCAUCUGGACCCAUCACACUAAAUCGGGCACUUGAUUUGGUGAGAGGGUCCGCACCGACUGAAGCACCGAAAAACGUUCAGGCAGCUAUAAUGGCAAGGCUGGCGCGCUAUCCUCAAGGUGCCAAAGAGAAUAUUCAUCGCGCGAGAUGUUAUAUUCCUCGGCCCGUAGCACAUCUUCUGCACCAUGACCCUCAGCUAGUAGCUUCCGCGGUCGAAGCAUUCUACCUACGUGAUCCAAUAGCAAUGAAGGCAUGCUAUAAAAUGGAGAAAUUUCCGCCAACAAACAAUGUGAUGGUAACGGUUCGUAUGAACCGCACCCAUUACGCUCAGCUUGUCAGUCAAAAGUUCCACCCGCCGAAACCUUUUCGCUUACCCCCAAUAUCAUCUCCGAACUUUAAAGCGUGCGAACUUGGCAUGAAGCUUGCGUGCGGAUUCGAAAUGCUUUGUGCCGAUCGACACCUUCGGAGUUCUUCGAAACACAAUGGACAUCGUUCAGUUGAUACAUACGCGUUCGAGGUGGACCCUGAAUGGCAGGCCUUCCUAAGGAGGUUAGACAAGCUGAGCUAUUUUGGGAAAGAACUCCCCGGAUCAGAGCUGUACAAACAGCUGGAGAAUACUGCGAAGAAACAAUACCUACAGGCCAAAUUCAGCGAGAGCGAAGUUUUCGGGGAAAAUCCGAUUGACAAGAUAGAAUAUAUUCUCAACCAACCUUUGGAGGAUGAAAGUAACUUAUCUCAAGAACCAGAGGACAACGACAAGUGGAUGGAAGUAGAUCCGGCCAACUUAGAUCGAAUGUUUGAUGAAGAAAAGCUCAAGAUGUCAGCUGAUGAUUGGGAAGAGUUAAAUCAGGAAGAUCUGUCGGAUCUUGAUGAUGAAGAGAAGCAUGAUAUGGAGGAGCUGUCGAAAAUGUUCGGAGGCUUCACAUCUUUUGUCGAGAAGGAGAGCGGACUCGGAGGAGUUGUGUUUCCACAUGAGAGAGAUUUCGAAGAACAGGAAGACACAGAUGAGGAGGAUACUCCUCUCAGAUUUGAGGAGGGACAGUUUCUUCAGUCUAUGAUGGACGUACUAGGUAUCAAUCGAGACGACUUUGAUCGGAUAACAAAAAGCAAAGCAUCUGGAAAUACCACUUUUUCAACAGCGGAGGACGUCCUUCGACCAAUUGAGCGCGUCAUGCCUAGUGUAUCAUUUGAUCUAGAUGACAGCGAAGAACGCAAAACUGACGAAGCCAGUGAAUUCGCGGACACUCCUGCUCCCGAUGCGCAGCUUGAGUCUUACAUGGACUCGAUGGAUCGCGAACUCUCGCGGACCAAACUCGGCGAUGAUUUUGAGAAAAUCACGUCGGAGGGGCCCAGCAUCUCGGUUGUCAAUGAGGAAGGGGAGGAGGAACUGCAAAAGGUCGAUUUAGAUUUUAAUUUGGUCAAAAAUAUUCUCGAGUCGUUCUCCGCUCAGGAGGGCCUUCCAGGUCCCGCUUCGAGCAUAUUAAACUCCAUGGGCAUCGGGCUUCCACCCAAGCGAAGGAAGUGAGGGGCUAAUAUUUUGCAUGUAUAUAUCCUGCAUUCUGGAAUUUCCGUAUACACUUUGUACAAAAUAAUCGUUGCAAUAUUUAGAAGACGGCCAUGUAGAAAUACUAGCGAGUUCUGCAGGUUGUCACGUGGCGAC